CCUCUUUUCUCGUGAUCCCCUUCGAGCUAAGUGACUUCACACUGAUUCGCAUGAGUUUUGUCCCAAGUUUCCCCCUCCGCGUCGUGUUGAUGCCCCGCUUUGGAGCUGAAUUAUAACACCGUGGUGUUCUUCACCAUCGAAUAAGCAGCUAGCGAACAGAGCAUGACUCCUUCAAUCUCCAGUCCCUCUAUUCCCUCUGAAAGCGAUGAUGAGGUUGAUUAUGCUGAUACCGAUCUCCCUCUCGGAAACGUAUGGGCUUAUCCAUGUAAGCUGCCUUCAUGCCCUGAUUACGGCAAAUCCUGGCUCCUCCGAAGCAACUUCCUCUUUCAUCUGAAGGAAGAAGAUGCACACAGGACAGCAGCAAUGACACCAGCUGCACGUCGUAUAAUCGAGAAAGAGUGGCGUUACACGACCGAUCCUGAUCUACCACGCCGCGCGGCCCCUGAGUUCUGUUCUCGAGAGGAUCCAGACGAGCACGUACAGGAAUACGGGUUCAGGUAUGACACUGGUAGGGUGGUAAGAGGUUAUGGCACGAUGAAGCAAAUGGAAAUGCAUAAGGAGUUACGACGCCAAGAAACGCAGCAAAGAAAGACAGCAUAGCUGCGUCCUCGCUGUUGCGCUGCUGCCAUGAGAAAGCAAUUGGCGCAGUAAAGAGCACGACAUACUGUAACGCGAGAAGAGGAUCGGGAAGGCAUCUGCUCGAUGGCAAUUCACUGGCAAUGUACUUAGUUGAUUA